AUGUCGACUCCUUCUGGUACUCCCGCAAGUGCCACUAGUGAGGCUCCUAGUGUUUCGAAUGACGCGACCAUGGCGGACGACGAGGAUGUUCCUGGGGCCAAGGGCAUGAUGGGCAGGAUGUACGAUCUGAUGCUGCAGCUCACGGAAGACAUCAAUGCGAAGCUGGAGGAGGAGGAGGCGGGAUUGGUGCUGUCCAGCAGUGAACGCACGGAGGUGACCAACAUCGUCCAAAAGCGCUGGGACCAUAGCAUGGCGUGUGCCAUGCACGUGGUUGGCCGGAUCCUCAACCCGAUCAACCAAGAGGAAGGCAUCUUCCGCACCGACCUGGAGUGUACUCGCGUCUUCAAAGCGUUUGUCGCUCGUCACUACGCAGGGCGGACCGUCACGCGCAAGGAUGGCGAGGAGCUGCGCGCAUCCCACGUCAUCCAGGACGGCCUGACGGCAUUCAACACCCUUCAGGGGAGCUUCGGCCUACCCGACGCCAUCUCUGACCGUGAGCUCGUGAAGGCCGGUAAGAAGACGGCCGUCCAGUGGUGGACGUGGCACGGGACGGAGCACCCCGAGCUGACAACGCUCGCUUGUCGCGUUCUCUCUCAGCCAGUGUCCGCAUCGGCGUGUGAGAGGAACUGGGCAGUGUGGGAAUCGAUCCACACUGCCAAGCGCAACAGGUUGGGGUCCGAGAAGUGUCGGGACCUCGUGUAUGUUGCGCACAAUUGGAACAUUGUGCGCAACUGGCACAAGGGGGCUGAGUGGGUGACGGUUCUCCCGGGGAACAUCCCUGAGGCCUCCCUGCCGGAAGGGUACAACGAGGUUCUGGAGGAGGAUGAGGAGGGGGAGGAGGAUGAGCUGGAGGAUGAGUACAAGUAG